AUGGCCAUUCCUGAUAUUGUCAAUAUGAGCAAUGGUGCCUAUCAUGAUGUAAAGCAGGAGGAUGAUGAUGUUCCUCUAGCAGCCCGUUUCGGCACGAAGCGCUCCUACUCGGAUUCUAGCGAUGAAGAUAUUCCCCUAGCUCAGAAGUAUGUUUUGGCUUUUCGCAAAUCUAUUAAAAAGCGCCCAAAGUCGGAGCCGACGACCGAAUAUCCCAAGAUAAAACCUGAAAAAAGCCCUCAUAAGCCAGAAACAAAAAUAAAGUCAACUACAGGAACCCCUAAGAAACGAGUAAAAGACGAGAGCCAGGAUAGCGAAACUGUCUGGAAGUGGUGGGAGGAAAAAAACAGUGAUGGCAAGUACAAAUGGAAGUUUCUUGAACAUAAUGGUCCAUUAUUUGCUCCACCCUACGAGCCGCUGCCUGAUAAUGUCUCACUUAUUUACGAUGGUCAGCGCAUUAAGCUGUCUGAACCGGCCGAGGAAGUAGCUGGAUUUUAUGCAAAAAUGUUGGAUCACGAGUACACAACUAUGGAAGUGUUUAAUGAAAACUUUUUUAAAGAUUGGCAAAAAGUAAUGACUCUUGAAGAAAAACAAAUCAUAAAAAAGCUCUCAAAAUGUGACUUUACCAACAUGGCUGACUACUUCAAAAAGAAAUCUGAGGAAAGGAAAAAUAUGUCAAAAGAAGAGAAGCUUAAAAUAAAGGAAGAGAAUCAACGGAUUAUCGACAGAUAUGGAUACUGCACAUUAGACGGUCACAAACAAAGGAUUGCGAAUUUUCGCAUCGAACCUCCUGGUUUAUUCCGGGGUCGUGGCGCACAUCCAAAAAUGGGAAUGUUAAAAAAACGAAUUCUUCCUGAAGAUGUCAUAAUUAACUGUUCUAAGGAUUCAAAAGCGCCAAAUCCACCCCCAGGACACCGCUGGAAAGAGGUGCGGCAUGACAACACCGUCACCUGGUUAGCGUGCUGGGUCCAGAACGUGCAGAAUAACUUCAAGUACGUAAUGCUCAAUGCUUCGUCUCGGCUCAAGGGUGAGAAAGAUUGGAAAAAAUACGAGGUUGCUCGUCAGCUACAUAGCUGUGUGGACAAGAUUCGUGCCGAUUAUCGCGCAGACUUUAAGUCAAAGGAAAUGCGCGUCCGUCAGAGGGCUGUGGCUCUCUACUUCAUCGACAAGCUCGCUUUGCGUGCCGGCAACGAGAAAGACGAAGACGAGGCAGAUACCGUGGGUUGCUGUUCGUUGCGCUGCGAACACAUCAAACUUCACGAAGAACUCGACGGGAAGCCCUUCGUUGUUGAGUUCGACUUCCCCGGUAAAGACUCCAUCCGCUACCAGAACUCCGUGUCAGUGCCGAAACGGGUCUUUAAAAAUCUCAAAAUAUUCGUCAAGAACAAACAAGGCAGCGAUGACCUCUUUGACCGCCUCAACACGACCACCUUGAAUCAGUAUCUGCGCGAGCUGAUGGAUGGUCUUACUGCGAAGGUUUUUCGUACCUACAACGCCAGUCGCACACUCGAGGAACAGCUUGACCUGCUCACAAAUCCACAAGAUCUACCCGCCGAGAAGGUUCUCGCUUACAAUCGCGCCAACCGUGCCGUCGCCAUCCUGUGCAACCACCAACGCGCCGUCCCAAAGACAUUUUCAACGUCCAUGGAGAAUCUGCAGAAAAAGAUUGACGCGAAGAAAGAACAGAUCAGCGAUGUGAUGCGUGAGGCGAAGCAAAUCAAGGCUGACUACGCGCACUCCAAGUCAGCCGCCAAGCGAACUCAAUACGAGAAACUCAAGAAGCGCCUCGGCACGCUGAAGGAGCAACUUGUCAAGCUGCAGGUGCAGGCCACUGACAGGGACGAGAACAAAACCAUCGCCCUGAGUACGAGCAAACUGAACUACCUCGACCCUCGGAUCACGGUUGCUUGGUGCAAACGGUUCAACAUUCCGAUUGAGAAAGUCUACAACAGGACGCAGCGCGAGAAGUUCAUGUGGGCAAUUCAAAUGGCAACCGAGGGCUACAAAUUCACCGACCUCAACUCGGACAAGGCGACGAAUAAGUUGAAACAGGAAGAGGCCGACGACGAUGUUGGUGAUGACGAAGACGACGAUUAUUGA